AUGGCGCUCGAGAAGGCAAGGCUUGAAGAUCAGAUAAAUCGAGCUCGACGAAGGAACAGGUGGCUCACCCCUCCUUGGUGGCUGUCCAUCAUUGGACAGCUCCUGGGGUAUCUGCUGCUUGCUUGUGCGGUGUAUUUCUUUUUGAUCGGAUAUCCCCUGUGGCACGGAGCCGUCUACAACUUUUGGUUUGCCUACAAAGAUAGUCUGCAUCUCAAAGCCGGAACAGUCAUCUUUAUCGGAGUGGCACUACUGUACGCUGUUGCACCGCUCUUGAUCACUUUCGAAAAGCCACCCGAUGUCACUGAAGAAUUCCUGCGUUCGAAUGCUGAGAAGGCGCUGGACACAGCGGUCAUCAUCCCUUGCCAUCGAUCAGCGGAUGUUAUUCGACACACCUUGGAAUGUGCUCUCAAGACUUUUCCCGCCGGAAACAUUAUCGUCGUAGCUAAUGGUAACAGCGAGGAGCCAUUGGACCGUACUGGAGAAAUCUGCGAAAGCAUGAGUGUACGUCACAUCUGGGUGCCCAUCGGUUCAAAGAUCGCGGCCCAGUAUGUUGGGACUGCAGCAGCUUACCGAUUCAAAUACUGUCUACUCAUCGACGACGAUGUUGCACUUCCAGAGGUCUUUCCACUGGUCACAGAGCGGAUUGAGCUCGGAAAAGAGGGUGAUACACACGGACACGCGAAGGUCAAAUGUGUAGGGUACACACUAGAAGCCACCAAUGAAGAAGGAGAACCUGGAAAUCUAUGUCAACAGGCACAAAACCUGGAAUACAAACUCGCCGGCCUGUCUCGAACGUUCUUCGGCAAGCUGGGCAGCGCCUCCUUUCCACACGGCGCCAUCUGUCUAUGGGAGCGAUCAUUCUUGGAGCUCUGCUUCCAGAGACAUCCGGGGUAUCGGAUCUCUGAAGACUGGUUCUUUGGUCUGAUAUGCAAGAAGCUUGGAGGCCGAAUCAAGUUCUGUUCGCAAGUUUUCGUCAAGACCGCAGUACCUGGUCACUUGAUGCGAGGGGGGGAGUCAGAUCGGGCGGGUUACGGCGAGAUGACAGUUACUGCUCAGCGGCUCUGGAGAUGGAACUUCUUCCUUAUGGCUCGGAUUCUUUACAACAGCUGGUAUAUCGUCUUCAAUUGGAGGCUGCGGCAGUACGAGUUCUUCUCCAAGCUUGCCAUGUUUCAGGAGCUUUAUGGCACGCUGCUGCUCUUCUCCUUCCCGUUCAUCUUCCCUGUGGCGGUCGGUGUAAAGCCGGGUUACACAAUUGGGUUGACAGUCGGUGUGACAGUCAUGUAUAUGAUCAUCACCGCCGUCUUUGCCGAAGUCCAUCUACGUAUUCGCGUCGCGAUGGUUGCGAGGAAGACGGUGUACCUCUACUAUCCAGUGUACAAGCUCUGGUUGAGACUGGUCAAUAUUGCAUCUUGCUACACUGCCCUAUUCAACUAUGCCCGCUACUACACAUAG